AUGUUUGUUGCUCCAUGGAGGUGUCGGUCUAUCAUUGUCGACAAUGUGAAGUUCUGUCCAGCAAUAGUAUUAGGACCAACUUACGGUUCUGUGGUGCUAAGAGAGGUGCACAACACCAACAUAAGCGUUGCGUGUAAGCAGUUAUACCUGUGGAAUUGUUCCAACCUCACAGUAUUUCUGCAUUCCUUUCAUCCUCCAACUGUCAGAAUGUGCAGCGGUGUUCGCUUUGCUCCAUUCAAUGUUUCCUACGAGGGUCUAGAGGAGGAGAUGGUGGCAGCCGGCCUGAACUGCAACCAAUAUAGAACGCCGAAACGUGUAGUUAAUCUGGACGACUCGGAAACAUCCAUACUUCCCACCACAGAGUUCUAUAUUCAACCGGUCCCUAUUGUUAAUAACGAAAAUAACAUUAAGGAUCUCCUCAACAAGCUCCCUCCGCCGUAUCGCAAACAAUGGGAAGAUACGCUACAACAGCUGCACUCUGAAUCCAAUAAUAAUGUCGAAUCACCACUAAAAAAGACGGAUCUUUUUUACCUCAAAGGGAAAAUUGCCUAA